AUGAGGUUAAUAACAUGGCUUAUCUGCUUAGUCGCAUUUGUGGCGCCAGCGUUUGCAGUCAACUACCUCGAAUCAAAUUCACUCAACUUGUGCAUGGAGAGUAGCAACUUCACAGCCACCUAUUUCCAUGUCAUAUUCUACCCAAACAACAAUUCCCUUGAGAUUGGCUUCGAUGGAGUGUCAUACAUCUCCGGAAAGGUCGUGGCAGACUUAACUCUGACGGCCUAUGGCUACAAGGCCUAUUCAAGCACCCUCGAUCCCUGCUCCAUUGCAGGGAUGGGAAUGUGUCCUAUGGCUCCUGGUCCCAUUGACUUGGAAUCUGUUUCGCUCACUCUUCCAAAUGAUACCGCCUCGAGGAUCCCGGGUAUCGCCUACACUGUUCCAGAUCUUGAUGCCACCGUGCAGAUUGUGAUCAAAACGAAGGAUACCGGCGAAAAGAUUGCUUGUGUGGAAGCGGCGCUAUCCAAUGGUAAAACUGUCUACCAGGUCGGAGUUUCUUGGGUGACUGCAGUCAUCUCUGGCUUAGGUCUCACGGCAUCUGCUAUCACUUCCGGAUUGGGUCACUCCAACACUGCUGCUCACGUUGCGGCGAAUGCGCUUUCUUUGUUUGGUUUCAUGCAGUCUCAGGCAAUCAUUGGCAUGACAGCUGUUCACAUGCCACCGAUUGUGGAAUCGUGGACUCAGGACUUCCAGUGGAGUAUGGGCAUCAUUCAUGUCGGUUUCCUGCAGAAAAUCUGCACCUGGUAUCAGCGCUCCACAGGCGGUACACCCUCAACGGUUCUCUCUUCACUGAGCGACACCUCGGUAGAGGUUCUCAAGAAGCGUGACUUUUACAUAGAUCCGGUACGCAAUCUGAUGAAGAGAGGGCUCAACAUUCUCGGGAAACGAGACUCCAGCCAGAAGGUUCAAGUCGUGCGGGGCAUCGAUCGUGUUGGAUUCCGUGCUGGCAUCGAAGAAACCAACAUCUUCUUGACCGGUCUCAUUUUCUUCGUCGUCUUUGUUUUCAUCGUUGUCAUAAUCAUUGCCGCCUUUAAGGGUAUUUGUGAGUUACUGGUAAAGCACGGCAGAAUGAAGGGCGACACGUUCCAAGACUUCCGUAAUGGGUGGAAGGUUGUCACUCGAGGUAUCCUGUUUCGCCUGACCUUGAUUGGUUUCCCCCAAAUGUGCAUCCUUUGCCUUUGGGAGUUCACUCAACGUGACUCGCCAGCCGAGGUCGUCUUGGCUGUGGUGAUGCUCUUAUCUCUCCUGAUUGCGCUAGGCUGGGCAGCCCAGAAGGUCAUUCGUUUGGCGAAACGCUCGGUCGCGAUGCACAAAAACCCGGCAUACAUCCUGUAUUCGGAUCCUGCAUGUCUUAAUAAAUGGGGCUUCCUCUAUGUGCAAUAUCGGGCAACGGCGUAUUACUUCGUCGUUCCCUACCUCUUCUAUGUUCUGAUCAAGGGCAUGUUCAUCGGACUGAGCCAGUCCGCUCCCGUUGUCCAGACCGUAGCUUUGGUGGUCAUCGAAGCUGGUAUGUUAGUCGCCGUCUGUGUCAUUCGACCGUGGAUGGACAAGAAGACCAACGUCUACAACAUUGCAAUCGCGGUCGUCAACUUCAUUAACGUGAUCUUCUUGCUGGUCUUUUCGAACGUCUUCAACCCACCAGGUCUGAUGAUUGGUGUCAUGGGUGUCGUUUUCUUCGUGUACAACGCCGUCUUUGCUUUGGUUCUCCUUAUUCUUGUUUUGAUUGCCUCUGUUUAUGCCGUCAUGUCCAAGAAUCCGGAUACUCGAUACCAGCCAAUGCGUGAUGACCGGGGAUCAUUCAUCAAGUCACAGACCCAACUGACGACCGAGUUGGAUGCCUUGGGUGCUACUGCUCGAGGUGACGUCAAGAGCCAGGCGUACCAGCAGGGUCCGUUUGAUGAAGAUACCCUCUCCAUUUCUAGUGGCCGCGUUAAUGGCAGCGGUAACGGCAGUAGCAACGAAGGCGGCAAUGGGUACAAACAAGUACCUCACACUGCUCAGCGUCAGGUCCAGCCAUCACCUGUUGAUCCAUCAGUUCCGCUUAUCCCCAGCAAUUCCUCUGGUUCUCGGAACUCUCCUCCAGGCUACGACCAGCUUGGUCGGGCAUCACCAGCAUCCGCAGCAUCCGCAGGGCGGAAUUACAACAACAUGCCCGUCGGACAAUCCGCAUUGGCCCCCAAUUAUAGAAACCAAAAUAGCUCUAGUCCAUGGCAACGAGGAGCCGGCUAUGAGCACUAG